ACACAGGUUCCUCCAUCAUCAGAACCUUACUGCUACAAAUUCUUCGGCUUCUUCGCUCUUUAUUAAUUAUUCGCGAUAGCAAGCGGUCUAUUAACUAGGGUGUACUCGGAAUGCGGAGGUUCAGUUGCGGAACAGUCUGAGCCUUACCUGCGCGGUUGCUGCCAUGCAAUCAUUCAAUGACGUUGUGUCUAUUUUCUGCCAGUUAACAACGAAUUAUCCCACUGAAAUCCCGCGGGGCGGCCCGGAGGAUGAAGUUUCUUUGCUACAGCAGUCGAGUUUCAGGACGAAAAUGACCCAAGACGCCGCUUUCAGCAUCCCGACAGCGACGGUGUGAAUAGAGGAAUCUUUAGAUCUUUCACUAUUUGCUGAGCGGCAACUCAGCAUCACGGUCAAGAUUGCACGGCGCGUCCCAGAUCUUCGCUUCGAACCGCCGCGACACCCCCGAUUGGUUGAGUUGUUAUUCGAAGUGCAAUGUGAUCGUUAUAAAUGCUACCGUUGUUCCUAAGCAGCACCUCCUCUUUCCUCCUCAUAUAUCCCCUUCUCCUGCUUCCCAGCUCGAUCUCUCAUCAGGGUUCUUUGGGGCAGUGAUCAUCAGCUGUCCAAUCACUCCUAUCUCGGGAGCCGGUGGACGAAUACUACUAUUGAGCCUCACCUCUCUCUAACCUAACAUGAAGACGGACACCCCUCUCCAGCGUGGAAAGGCAUGUCUUUGCUGCAGGAAGAGGAAGAUGAAAUGCGACGGAACUCGUCCUGUCUGCUCGCAAUGUAUGAAAGCGAACAGGGAGGCCGAGUGUCAAUAUCAUGAUAAGAAACAAAUCAGUCGCACUCAACUCCUCCAACAAAAGGUCGCCAAGCUUGAGGCUCGCCUCCGCGAACUCGAGUCAGAGCAGUCGGAUAGUUCUGCUGGGAGCUCUCCAUCGCCAUCCUUCUCAUCCAGCUCAAGCGAUGUCGGGUUGCAUGAUCCCCCGUUAGGUGUUCUUGUUGGGAGUCCUUCUGCAACUCCUGACUGGGAGUCAAACCUCUUUGAUGAGACAGCGUUUCCUGAGCUCUCAACGCCCUUCUUCGAUUCAUUAAUAUCCGGUUCUUCUUCCUCCGAUAUUGGAAGUUUCUCCGGACUCCUCGACACUCCUGCGAACUUUCAAGGCGGAUCGCCGCUCCCCAAUGUUUCGUAUCCAUAUGGGCACGGGAACGCGAUCGCUGGUCCCUCCUCAAGCUCUGCAAACUGGUGGGAGAACGCAAGUACUUUAUGUCACAAUAAGCUUACGCUACUCGAUAUCUUCUUUGCACAUCGACAUCAAUGCGCGUUCGAUGUCCACGUUGAACGAUUUCAGGCUUCUCUAAGUCUAGCUCCUCAGGAUCAACCUCAUCCCGCCCUCGUGGAUGCGGUAUAUCUAAUGGGCUGCUACUUCUCACGCUCGCCGAAUUAUACCCCACUGGAGUCGCAUUUCCUCAAGCGAGCUUUGGCUGGCAUCUCCGAGGCGCUGCAGGAAAACGAUCGUGUCAUCAAUGUGCUUCAAGCGUCGUGCCUUCUCGCUCUCUAUUUCUUUGGCCGGGGCCGCAUACUCGAAGGAUAUUAUCAUUCAUCUAUAGCCGCCCGCUUGGCUGUUAGUCUAGGGCUCCAUCAGAUCAAGCCUGACAGUUGGUUUCAACUACAAUUAGCAUCUCUAGCUGGACCGCCUCAAGAUGCAACUUCACUCACAAAAUCUUCUGUCCAAUUGGCACCACCAAAAGAUGCUAUUGAAUCAGAAGAGCGCAUAACCGCGUUUUGGCAGGUCUUCAUGGUGGACCGCGCUUGGUCUGUCGCAACAGGGCUUCCUGCCGCUCUUCCCGAUGAUGACCAUCCUCAAGCACAGAUCGAGACGGUUUGGCCAGCACCGCCGGAUGAUUCGAUUUCAUCAGGUGGAGGCACAUUGCCACGGUUUGAUCCUGUUAAUCCAUAUCCCACACUGCGGGCCAAAGCUGUUGCUCUGUUCGAGAGAACAUUCCGAAUGGCAUCAGCAUCUGUGAAAGGCAACCUGUACUGGGCAGAACAUCGCGGACUGGACAUGUCUCUAUUUCAGUUUGCUGCGAGUCUUCCACCAAUGGGUCUAACAGCAUGCCUCGGUAUCAUUCCGCUGGAUGAGCUAGACUUGCUCACUGUUCACACCCUUAUACACGUGUCGACUAUACACCUCCAUCGGGAUCUCUCUGACUCAACCCCGAGCUCGUAUGAGAAAUGUGUCGUUGCAGCGAACACGGUAACUUCGUUCCUUCGCCAACUUAGCGACACUGAUUACCCAUAUUUGGAUCCUAUCAGUAGUACGUGCUGGUCUACCGUUGCCGAUGUGUUCCUGCGCGCACUAUCAUCAACAGCACCUUCAUUGGUUGCUCAAAGCACUGUGGAUUUUGUGAACCAGGAACUGGAUCUGAUAGUGAACGCCAUGAAAAUGCUUAGCACUUUCUUCCCCAUAGCAGGCAUCCAUGCAACAAAGAUUGAACAAGAUAGGACUAUGACACAUAAUACAUUGGGUUUCUCAUGACCCUCGCCCUCAUGCUCGCUUUACUUCUCAAACACUUCGCCUUUGCUUUCGUUAUUCCGCCGCCGUUCUAUUUACAUCUCAGGGACUAGAAGUAACAUAUGUAUCAUUACUGCAUAUCUGAAUCAUCAAGUCGAACAGCAUCUCAUAGAUUCUUCUAUAACCUUCCUGUUAUUCUUUUAUUCUGGAUCUCGGGUUCAUACUCUUGUAUACAUACGUAUUCUAGAAUCAUGUACACCAUCCGGGGGUAAAUCACUUCCGAUAGGCCUCUACGACCAUCUCACGAGUUCAUCUUCUGUAAUACACGAGCCUUUUUUGUUUCUUUAUUUGGUUCCCCCUC